GCUCACUUUUCCUUUUUCCAGAGACUUGGAUCGAUUCCCAAUCCGAUCCUUAGCUUACUUCUGUGGUAAUGUUAAUUUCGGUGUUUUCACACUCACUCUACGUCUACACCUCCGGUGGGACUACUUAAUGUUGUAAGUGUCGAUAUAAUAAACGGCCUACACCUAGGCAUUUGCAAACCCAAGGAGGUGAAAAGAAUCCUAUGUCACUGUCCGAUAAUUUUGAUUUGAAAGAACCGACUUUCGUGUGGUGCUGGUUGGGUCUUGAGAGCAACGAAGCGCGCAGGGGCUCUUCAGUGGCUUCAGGCAGUACCUGACCAUGUGUGGCGGAAAUAGUACACUGAAGGAUCAGGACAACAACAUCACGGGAGACGAAGACCGAAAAGUAGAGCAGACAAACCGGAAGCACCAAAUGUUGCAGACACGACUCCAAAAAUUCCGAGAGCUGCUGCACCGUCGGCAGCUGACGGCCUACCUCAUUCCGCACAACGACGCGCACUUUUCCGAGUACCUCUGCGCCCGUGACGAGCGGCUGGCUUACAUCAGUGGGUUCGAUGGUUCCGCGGGGUGUGCGGUGAUAACGGCGAAAGAAGCCUUGCUCUGGACGGACGGGCGUUACUGGCAGCAGGCGUCGACGCAACUCGGCCCGGGGUGGACGCUGAUGCGACAGGGGGACAUAUCCUAUGUAAAAACGUACCCACCCCAUAGUCAAGAUGGGGAAUCGGCUAGACGAAUCCACAAGCUUUGGCUGUUUCGCAUGACAAAUUUGGACGCGUAUUGUAGUGCUGUUUGAGCUAGUUCAGCAGCAUUACAGAUCUAAUCUCUCAUGCUGAUUGGAGCAUGACAAAUUUCAAAACACCAUUAGAAAAUGCUUCUCAUGGGGCUCUGCAUGAGAAACAUUUUAAGCAUGCAGAUUUGCAUGACAACUAUGGUGUGGGUACGUUUUUACACAGGAUAGGACAGCUCCGUGUUGACGACCAAGGAGUGGCUGUUGCAGCAGAAGAGCUGCGCGGGCGGUUUGCGCCUGGGCAUGGAUCCCUGGCUGGUCAGCGUGAGAAACGCGGGGAAGUGGGAAGCGGACUUGGGGCGGGGAGCGCUCAGCAUCGUCGAGGCUACAGGAGGACUCGAGCACCGGAAAGAGGGUCCCGCAUCCCGCUCUUUCGGUGGCAAGCAGUCGUGCUUACCCUACAGAAAGGUACAGCCAUUAUACCAGAAAAAAAGAUGUGCUUCUAAUUUGAUGUUGCUAAAUUGGCAUACUGAUACUUACUUAAAUGAUCAUAUAAAACUCCGCGAUCUUAACAAUGCGGAGACCAUUAUAGAGGCAGUUUUUUGUGAUGCAGGAUGCAGUUUGUCAUCGCCAUGCGGUUUUUUUAACGAUUACGAUUAGAGAGGGAACUGGCGAGAAAGUUUAAUGUCAUGCUGUUGAUACUAAAACCCGCAGCGCAAGUUUGUUUUGUGUAUGGGCACUAUUUUUCGUUUUCUGUAGGAUAGUGCGCAGCUCCUGCGUCCCCAUCUCUGCGGAGUCCGCGCAGCUUCGUGAGACAGCUUCUCGCGGACACAAGCGCCGCGCUGCGCGGCGGAGACGCAGCCACAGUGGAGCAUGGGGCAAGGAUCCCAGAUGAACCUUCAAGCUCACCAGCGCUAGGGGACGAAGACGGGAUCGCCGGGAAUCUUGUAGACAAGGUCCGCAUGAUGCUGGCUGCCGACGACGGCGGCGUGCCGCCACGGCCGGCCCAGCCGAUUCUGGACCAUUCGGUACGCUUUGCCGGGGAGGCACGGGAAGACAAGUUGCUGAAGUUGCGCGGCAGUGCGCUCUUCAGAGAUGCGCAGGCGGAUGGCAUUCUCGUGUGUGCCUUGGAUGAGAUUGCCUGGCUCCUGAAUCUACGGGGCACCGACAUUCCUUACAACCCGGUGUUUUUCGCAUUUCUGCUCGUCCUCCGCGAGGAACUGAACCGCAAACCCAUUCUGUACUGCGAUCGGAAGCACUUGGAGCUGCUGAAGACGACCCAUCCGCACGAGGCCCCGGAGCUGGCAGGUGUCGCCGGGGAAGAAGACCGACGCGAGCGGGACCUUGAGCAGAGGUCCCUGGACGCAAUUCAGCUGAAACCAUACGAGAACUUGGCAGCGGACUUGCGUGCGAUCGCGGCGUAUCAAAUAUAAAAAUGUCUGGCUCGUCUGGAAGAAUGCAACGUGUGAUGCUGCAUUUGGAUUCCAAAAAAAUUUGUAUUGCAUGAGUACCAAAGGAAAGGCAAUUUUUGCUACGCUGAGAAGGCAUGUGUCAUGCGGAAUACGCAUCAAGAAGCCCCCCUCAAAAAAUCUGUAUUGCUAGGGGAUGCAUCACAGACAUCAUGGCUCAUGCAAAGCGUGCAUGACAAGUGUCAGAAUCUUCCAGACCCAGACACUUUUACAGUUGAUACGGCGGGCCCGAGGUGGCGAAUCGUUGCGGACGAGGGGACCUGUCCCGCCGCCCUUCGGGACUACGUUUUUUACAGUGCGGACGCAGUGUCACCAAUUCCACUCUGGAAGGCGAAGAAGAAUGACGUAGAGCUAUCGUAAGGAAAAAUCCCCCCUCCCCAUAUCGAAAAGGCACGUCCCAGAAAAUUUGUCAUGCUGAUUUGUCACCUCAAAUCGUCUCUGUCUUGCAAGAACGCAACCGCACAGGCUCUGCCGCACUCUGUUGGCGGUUUGUGAUGCUGUUGGCCCUACAGACUACACGUCUGCCAUGCUCAGCGCCUAGCUCAAAGCUUCCCAGUUCGGGCCUAGUAUAGGCCUGCCGUCCUCUCCAGCAAGACAAAUCUGAUUUGUAUACGCAAAUCCAGCAUCAGAAACUUCGUUGUGAUAUGGGGAGGGGGGAUUUUUACUUUUGAUAAGAGCUAUCGCGGUGAAAUGCACUGUGCUUGGGUGGUUCUCGAGAAGAUGGUCACCGAUUUCUCGUUUGCAGGACUUCGAAGUGUUUGUAUGGAGUAGUGGAUUUUUUGGGUGUUGCGUACAACGGUGCGCCGUCAAGGUACUGUUAUAAUGUGCCAUGCCGCAUGCGCACCGCAGAGCUCGUUUAAGUUCGUUGUAUAACUAUUCCACCGCGCCUGCUCGACGGCGUAACUGUCAUCUGCGAAAUAAAGAGGUUGAUAUGUACUGAUGGAAGCUGAGCAGCUGCUUCCCAGUUCUACAAGGCAGAUUGAGUAGGAAAAGCAAGAACAGCAAAACAUAAAAAGCAAGCGGUUAGGUACGAGAAGCAGCCGCAGAAUUUAAUAGAGUGGGAACCCUACAGUACUUUUUUGCUUGGAUAGGGGCUAGCCGGAAUGCAAGCCUGCCAUAUCCGCGAUGGUGUUGCGAAGACGAAGUUUCUGAUGUGGCUUGAGGAUCAGUUCGUCUCGCCAACUCCGACCACUGGUCCGAGCGGGCAGCCGGCAGAGGCCGCCAAGACGAGCUGCCCGCAAGAGGGGGGGUUAUUUCCUGUGACGGAAGUUUCGGCGGCGGCGACGCUAGAGGAGUUCCGGAAGCAGGAGAGCCCGGGGGCGUUUCGGGGGCUCAGUUUUCCCACCAUUUCCGGAAGCGGGCCGAACGGCGCCAUCGUGCACUACAACCCAAAGGGAAGCGUGCCUCUGCAAUCAGAUACACUCUACCUUGUGGAUUCGGGAGCGCAGUACUCCGAUGGCACGACGGACGUGACGCGCACUGUGCUGGUCCAGCGGCGAGCAGAUGGCGAUAUAAUUGCUGCGGGCGACGGGGGAGAGAGGGGGCAGUCUCUCGGCGAACUGCGACUGCAUUACACGCUGGUGCUCAAGGGACACAUCAGCAUCGCCACCGCGGCGUUCCCGGAGAACACUCCGGGAGCCGCGCUGGACAUUCUGGCGCGACUGCCGCUGUGGAAGCAUGGGCUGAACUACCAACACGGCACGGGCCACGGCGUCGGGUCUUUUUUGAACGUGCACGAGGGUCCGCACGGGAUCCCCAUGCUCCGAACUACUAUAGUCAAGACUGCGCCCCAGUAUUUGGAGACCGGCCUGCAGCCAAACAUGGUCCUGUCCAACGAGCCUGGGUACUACCUUCCCGGGAAGUACGGGAUUCGCAUCGAAAAUUUGGUUUACGUGCGUUCAGUGGCAGCUGCAGGACCACCAUCCGCGGAAGUAGAGGGAACAAAACCGGCCCGGCAAAGAGCCCCUCCGGCUCCUGCUGCGGGCGGCGAGCGAUUUUGCUGCCUAGAGAAUCUCACGUUCAUUCCGCUAGACCGCAGGCUGAUUGAUGUCUCCUUGUUGACACACGAGGAGGUGCAGUACAUCAAUGACUACCACGAAGAAGUUUAUGCGAAGCUCGCGCCGUUUUUCGCACAAAAGCCCUCACACACCACCGUCGACGGGCGCACAGUUUCCGCCGCGACGCAGGCAUCCGGAUCUUUUUCGCGGGAAAGGCUUCGAGAAAUGACUGCGCCUUUGCCACAACUCGACGUUGUGAAGACUUCCGAAUCUUCUUGUCCUAUGGGCACCGAUGUCGCCAAAUCCACAAAGAGGCGGAAGGUAAGCACGUGA